AUGGUCGUUACGAAAAGAGGAGUGAAUGAGAAUAGGAUCAGAGAGCUUUUCUCUCGCCUCUGGAAACUGCGUAUCAUUAAUGUGGCCCUUAUAGUUCGAAAUGCGGCUGAAAAGUAUUGUGCAUAUAACUAUGAUCCAUACGACGACAGCAAUCAUUGUGGAGUAGUGCGAAUGAAGUUAUUGGGUUGCUACAUGAGUGAUGUUUGUAACAGUACCGAUCAUUGGUUUGGCAAUUCGUUACGAAAUUUUAAUGGAUGUACGCUUAAUGUAGGGACUUUUGAUGCAAAACCAUUCGCAAUGGUGCAGGUUGUAGAUAACAUCACCGUGUUUGUCGGAUUAGAGGCAGAAAUUAUGAAAAUCAGUGCAAACAAAUUGAAUUUUUCAAUGAAUUACCUAACACCACCAGGAAAUCAAAAAUGGGGUGUAUUCGAACCAGGGAAUACCACGGGGCUCAUGGGAAUGCUGGAGAGGUCUGAAGUAGAUGUUGGUUUUGGUGUAACUGGUCUUAAUUUGAAUCUCAGUGAACAUUUACGCUCGAGUACUCCUAGUAUUAUUUCUCAAUUGACCAUGGCCAUUCCACCGCGAAAUCCUUACACAUCACUGGAGAAACUAUUUCUGCCGUUCACAGUGGGUUCGUGGAUAUUGAUCGUCGCUUCCAUUUUGGUGAUUUGGUGUUUUUCAUUGCUGCUACUAUAUUGGUGGAACUAUUCCUUAUUUGAAAAUAAACAUAGUGUGGUUUACAUCACUUGGGUUAUACUGAUGGGAGGGCCGGGAAAUAGUGUCCAAAAACACAGCUCCCGAAUCUACAUGAUCAGUUUAGUGUUGAACGCGUUCAUCGUACGCAAUAUGUAUCAAUCACAGCUUUUCACGUAUAUGCGAUCCAUCGAUUCAUAUGCAUCCAAUUUGAACUCUUACGAUGAUAUCAACGGAGCUGGACUGUUUUAUUACAUGUAUCCAUCCGCUAAACCAUUUUUCAUCGACAACCCUUCAGUAAAAGGAAGAAUACGCAUCGUCGAUGAAGAGAAUGUAGAUUGGGAUGAAAUUCUGUACAACAUUUCGUUACAUAGGACUAAUGGUGUGAUGGCUCUUGCGUUAGAGUCGAUAACGUAUUACGUUAAACGGCGUGGCCAAGAAGGCAUGGUGUACGUGAGCCGGGAUACCGGUGUAAGCUACUACAUUGCAUUUCAUUUUCCCAAAGCUUCAGCCUUAAAAGAACUUUUCGAUGAACUCAUUAAUCGUUUUUAUGCUGGCGGAUUGAUAGUUCACUGGCUGCGAAAGUAUCGUGACAAUCCGGAUACGUGGGUCAACCAGAAAAAAGAAAAAGAACCUACUCCAUUACAGCUUCAUCAGGUCUCCGGAGGCUUCUAUUUAUGGAUGUCCCUUAUGUGUCUGGCAACAGUGAUUUUCGUUAUUGAACUAUGCAACGGCGAGUCGCGUGUGGCCACUACGUUUCAGGCAGAUCUAAUCAACAGCGUGGCGAAGCAGAACAGUGACUGGAUGGUGAUAUCAUUCGAAGAUCUACCAACACUCGAGCGACGACCCGCAUUCUAUAACGUGUUCCUCGUCCAGGAUUAUGCAUCCCUUUGCAAUAUUGUUAGUCAAAUGGACUACCAUUCAUACCAGUUCCAUGGGUAUUACACGGUGUUCCUUGAGCAAUCAGACAACGAUGCCGUUAGCAGAGUGAUGGAGAAGCUAUGGAACAGUUCGAUUAUCAACGCGGUGGUGAUUUGUCGAGAAAGCGAUGAGGAGUAUGUGGCGUACUCGUACCAUCCUUACCGGGCAGGCAAGUGUGGGAUGGUGAAACCAAUAGAACAAGGAAGGCUACAUACAGACGAAGAAUGGAUAUCGAGUACGAGUGUUUGGUUUGGAGAUCGGAUUGCAAAUUUUAACGGCUGUCCGCUAAAAGUAGGCACUGUCGAGGUAAAGCCUUACUCGAUGUCACGGAGAGAAGAUAAUGAGACUGUAUACUUCGGGCUCGAAAUGCUUAUAGCAGAAGCGAUAGCGGAGAAAUUGCAAUUUUCACUCGAUUGCAAAACGCCGCAGGAUAACGUACGAUGGGGAAUCUUGCACCCUACAAAUAGCACCGGCUUAGUGGGUUUGAUUCAGCGCAGAGAAGUAGACUUUGGAUUCGGCUCCCUCGGGUAUUCGCUAAGCCGACAUAUUUAUCUGAAGAUGGGUACCCCAAACUACCUGACUCAAAUGAUAAUGGCGAUACCGCCUCAAAGGCCGUACACAUCGCUAGAGAAAUUGUUUCAACCGUUCACGAUCGAUGCUUGGAUUUGCAUUGCUGUUGGUUAUUUGAUUUUUGGAGUAACCACACUGCUGUUGGCGAAGUUCAAUCCUAAUGCAAUAUCAGAAACGAUCCACUACCCACUUUUCACGCUGUGGGUCCUCCUGAUGGGAGGUUCGGCAGGGAAAUUUCAGUUAAGUAGCUCACGAACCUUCAUUAUUGGUUUCAUCGUUAACGCGCUGGUCGUACGGACACUAUAUCAAGCCGGUAUGUUUAAGCGACUACAGGCUUCUGCCUCUUUGGCUUCAGAUUUAAACACCAUCAGUGCGAUCAAUAAGGCUGGCCUAAUGUUCAUUAUGUACCGAUCGACAACCCAGUUUUAUAAGGAUAACCCUAUGGUUCCAGCCAGGUAG